GCUUUUUGUUAUCUUUCUCACGAAACUUUUUCAGUGCGAUACGGAACAAGAACGAACCAACCUUCUAAAUGAAACCACCAAGACUCACACACACACACACACACACACGACUUGACUUGACUUGUCAUUUUUAAUUCUCCAAAGGUAACUCAAAUACUGCAACCUCUCUUCUCUGUUAGUCAUUUAUCAUCAUAUUGCAUUGUAAUUUGCAACAAUCAUCAUGAAUUGGGCUUGUUAGUUGAUUAGCGAUGGGGAAGGGUAAACCUAGGUCUGUGGAGAAAGGUGUGGUAGGGCCAACUCCCAGUGUUGCAUCCUCCGCUAUACCAGCGGCUCCUGUGUAUUACCCUACUCAUGAUGAAUUCAAGGAUCCAUUAGACUUUAUUUACAAGAUUAGGCCUGAGGCUGAGCCUUAUGGGAUUUGUAGAAUUGUGCCUCCUAAGGGUUGGAAACCCCCUUUUGCAUUGGAUCUGGACUCUUUCACUUUCCCUACCAAAACACAGGCCAUCCACAAGCUGCAGUCGCGGCCUGCCGCCUCGGAUUCCAAGACUUUUGAUUUGGACUACUCUAGGUUUUUGAAGGAUCAUGGCGGCGGCGGCGGUAGGAAGUCGAGGAAAAGGGUUGUUUUCGAGGGGGAGGAUUUGGACUUGUGUAAGCUUUUUAAUGCGGUCAAAAGGUUCGGCGGGUAUGAUAAGGUUGUCGAUGGGAAGAAAUGGGGGGAUGUUGCUAGGUUUGUCAGGUCUGGCGCGAAGGUUUCGGACUGUGCUAAACAUGUGCUGUGUCAGUUGUAUAGAGAGCAUUUGUAUGAUUAUGAGAAUUUCUGUAAACUGAUGAAUCGAGGGACGGCUCGGAGUGGUAAGAAAGAAGUGAAGGAGGACUGCAAGAGUGAUCAUGGGGUACAGACUUCAGCGUUGUCUAAGAGGCAUCAUCACAAGAGUAUAGGUGGCUCAGAAGUUAAGAAUUGUAAAGUGAAAGAAGAAGAGCAUGAUCAGAUUUGUGAGCAGUGCAAGAGUGGUUUGCAUGGGGAGGUUAUGCUCUUGUGCGAUAGGUGUGAUAAAGGAUGGCAUAUUUAUUGUCUUUCCCCGCCAUUGAAGCAAAUCCCUCCUGGAAACUGGUAUUGUUUCAAUUGCUUGAAUUCUGAUAGUGACAGCUUUGGUUUUGUACCUGGGAAGCAUUAUUCACUGGAAGCUUUUAGACGCAUUGCUGAGCGGUCAACGAGGAGAUGGUUUGGACAGGGACCUGUUUCAAGGGUGCAAAUAGAGAAAAAGUUCUGGGAGAUUGUAGAAGGAUCGGUUGGUGAGGUUGAGGUUAUGUAUGGGAAUGACUUGGAUACAUCUGUCUAUGGGAGCGGUUUCCCGCGAGUAGCUGAUCAGAAACCACAGUCUAUUGAUGAGAAGUUAUGGCUAGACUACUCUACUAACCCAUGGAACCUGAAUAACUUGCCUAAGUUGAAAGGUUCAAUGCUUCAAGCUGUUCAUCACAAUAUUACUGGUGUUAUGGUACCCUGGCUCUAUAUUGGGAUGCUAUUCUCAUCCUUUUGCUGGCAUUUUGAGGAUCACUGCUUUUAUUCGAUGAAUUAUCUACACUGGGGAGAGCCAAAGUGCUGGUACAGUGUUCCUGGUAGUCAAGCCAGUGCGUUUGAGAAGGUGAUGAGAAGCAGUCUUCCUGACCUUUUCGAUGCACAACCUGAUCUUCUUUUUCAGCUUGUUACUAUGUUAAACCCAUCUGUGUUGCAAGAAAAUGGAGUUCCUGUCUAUAGCAUACUUCAGGAGCCUGGAAAUUUUGUUAUUACCUUCCCUAGAUCUUAUCAUGGUGGUUUCAAUCUUGGUUUAAAUUGUGCCGAGGCUGUCAAUUUUGCUCCAGCUGACUGGAUACCGCAUGGUGCAUUUGGAGCUGAUCUCUAUCAGAGGUAUCACAAAACUGCUGUCUUGUCUCAUGAGGAGCUUCUUUGUGUAGUAGCCCAGUAUGGUGAUGUUGAUAGCAAAGUGUCUCCUUAUUUGAAAAAGGAAUUGUUGAGAAUAUCUGAUAAAGAAAAAUCUUGGAGAGCGAAACUUUGGAAAAAUGGUAUCAUUAAAUCUUCUCGCUUAGCUCCUCGUAAAUGUCCCAAAUAUGUGGGAACUGAAGAGGAUCCAGCGUGCAUUAUUUGCCAGCAAUAUCUGUAUCUAUCUGCUGUUGUGUGUAGUUGCAGGCCAUCAUCUUUUGUGUGUCUAGAGCACUGGGAACACCUUUGUGAGUGCAAAACUGUAAAACUUCGUCUUCUCUACCGUCACUCACUUGCAGAAUUGUAUGACUUGGCCUUUUCUAUGGACAAAUCUACUUCUGAGGACAAAGUGGAGUGUACAAGUGUUCGAAGGCAGUCUUCUUGUUUGAGCGCUUUGACAAAAAAGGUUAAAGGCGGCUCCAUUACAUAUGGUCAACGUGCUACAAAAUGGCUUCAGCAAUCUAGUACUAUUCUUCAGAAUGUAUUUUUGACUGAUGCAUUUGUUAUUGCACUAAAGAAAGCUGAACAAUUUGUUUGGGCUGGUUCUGAGAUGGAUUCUGUUAGGGAUAUGGUGAAGAAGUUGACUGAAGCAAAGAAAUGGGCAGAAGGGAUACGAGAUUGUAUGACAAAAAUUGAGUUAUGGUUGUCUUAUCAGAACUCUAGCUUAAACCAAAUUCAAAACCCAAUUCAAUUUGAAUUUGUUGAUGAGUUGCUUAGAUUUAAUCCUGUACCAUGCAAUGAGCCUCAUUAUCAUAAAUUGAAGGAAUACACAGAAGAAGCAAGGCUGCUAAUUCAGGAGAUUGAUACUGCUUUGUCAAUGUGUUCCAAAAUGUCUGAGUUGGAACUUUUAUACUCCCGAGCAUGUGGCUUACCCAUCUACAUGAAAGAGAGUAAGAAAUUAGAAGAAAAAAUUUCUUCAACUAAGGCAUGGCUGGAUAUAUUUAGAAAGUGCAUCUCAGCCAAAGAUCCUGCUGCAUUGGAGGUUGAUUUUCUUUACAAGUUAAAAUCAGAGAUUACGGAUCUUCAAGUUCUACUCCCAGAGACAGAUGAGCUGCAGAAUCUCUUAUGUCAAGCUGAAUCUUGUAGUGCUCAGUGUCGUGAUAUGUUAGAAAGCCCCAUGAAUCUCAAGAGUGUCGGUUUGCUGCUUAAGGAUUGGGACAACUUUACAGUUGAUGUACCAGAGUUGAAGCUUCUAAGGCAUUACUACUCGGAUGCUAUUUCGUGGGUUUCCUGCUUUAAUGAUGUUUUGGGGAGGGCUCACGAGCAGGAAGACCAAUGUAAUGCGGUUGAUGAAUUGAAGAGAAUUUUUGACGAAGGUUUAUCUUUGAAAAUUCAAGUUGAUGAGUUGCCAUUGGUUGAGAUUGAGCUGAAGAAGGCUUAUUGCCGAGAAAAAGCUUUUAAGGCACUUGAUUCCAAGAUGUCUCUGGAAUUCAUUCAGGAACUGUUGGAUGAGGCCACAAUGCUAGAAAUCAAGGGAGAGAAAGAGUUUGUCAAUUUGUCUUCUGUGCUUGGUGUUGCCUUGCCUUGGGAGGAAAGGGCCAGAGAGAUUCUUUCACAUGAGGCUUCUAUUUCUGACUUUGAGGACAUGAUCAGAGCUUCAGAAAACAUAUUUGCUAUGCUUCCUUCACUUAAUUAUGUUAAAGAAGCAUUAUCAGAAGCUAAUAUCUGGUUAAGAAGUUCAAAGCCAUAUUUAGUUUCUACUUGUGCGUCAAGUUCUUUGCGAACUGUUGAGGAAUUGAAGAUGUUGGUUUCUCAAUCAAAGCGUCUUAAAAUAUCUAUGGAAGAAAGAAGGACACUUGAAUUAGUUCUGAAUAACUGCAAAAUAUGGGAGUAUGAAGCAUGUUCUCUUCUAGAUGAUGCUCGGCACCUCUUUGAGUUGGACAACACUGUACAUGAAAUAAGCAGUGACUUAAUGUCUAGAGUGGAAGAUUUGAUUACAAGAAUCCAAUCUGCCAUAGCAUCCGGUGUAUCACUUGGUUUUGACUUCAGUGAUAUUUCAAAACUUGAAGCAUCUUGUUCUACACUGCGAUGGUGCAAAAGAGCCCUAUCUUUCUGCAAUUAUUCUCCUUCUUUAGAGGAUGUUUUGGAGGUUGCAGAAGCUCUAUCUGAUUCCUCUGUUUCUGGUGCUUUGUUAAAAGUACUGGUUAAUGGGGUUGAAUGGCUUAGGAGAGCGACAGAGGGGAUAUCUCGACCUCGCAAUUCAAGAAGAUGCAAAUUGACUGAUGUUCAGGCUGUUCUUACAGAUUAUCAGACUAUUAAGAUGACUUUUGCAGAAGUGAACUAUCAGCUUGAAGAAGCCAUUGGAAAACAUAAGUUGUGGCAAGAGCAAGUGCAUAAUUUUUUUGGUUUAAGUUCUAGAGAACGAGCUUGGUCAUCGAUAUUGCAGCUCAAGGAACUUGGAGAUACGGUUGCCUUUAGUUGCUCUGAACUAGAUUUGAUAUUAUCUGAAGUUGAGAUGGUGGAAAAUUGGAAGAAAAGAUGCAUGGAUAACAUAGGAUCUGUAGUCCAAAAUGAGAAAUCCCUUCUUCAUGCGCUAGAGAAGAUAAAACAGACUCUAGAUAGAUCGUUGUUCAUAUAUGACAACUCACAAGACUGGAAGGAACGAAAUCUAUGCUUCUACUGCUUCAAUGAUUCUGAAGAUCAGGAUUUUCUUAAUUGUUCCACUUGUAUGGACCGCUAUCACUUGCGGUGCAUUGAACUAACAGCGAAAGACGCAGGCCUUGGAAACUUUAAGUGCCCUUAUUGUAAAAAAUUGAAGAGUGAAUCCCAAUUUUCGAAUGAAGGCUCCCUCCUGAGGUUUGGGAAGAAGCGUAUUGAAUUGAAUGCUCUUGUUGAACUUCUAUCUGAUGCUGAACAUUUUUGUCUGUGGAUUGGUGAAAGAGAUGUUUUAAACCAGCUUGUUGAGAAAGCCCUUGCAUGUAAAUCUUGCUUGAGAGAAAUAGUGAACCUUGCAUCAGCUAAUGUUGAUGAAGAUAUUAGCGUCAUCUCUGAAAAGUUGACCACUGCUUUAAAGGCUAGUGAAGUGGCUUGUGUCUAUGAUCAGCAUGAUAAUUGUGCCCUGGAGCUAGCCUUAGCAAAAAACUUGUGGAAAAUUCAAGUCAAUAGGCUGUUAAAUGGAGUACAGAAGCCAACUCUCCAAGGGAUUCAGAAACAUCUGAAAAAGGGACUGGCUAUGAAAAUAUCACCUGAAGAUUACUAUAUGCUGAAACUUACAAAUGUGAAUUGCUUGGGUUUGCAGUGGGUAGAACUUGCCAAAAAGGUAGCGGUUGAUUGUGGGGCACUCAGCCUAGAUAAAGUUUUUGAGAUUGUAGGGGAAGGUGAAAAGUUGCCGGUUGAUGUAAAUGAGGAACUCAAGAUGCUAAGAGUUCGAUGCAUGCUUUAUUGCAUUUGUCGAAAGCCCUUUGAUCCCGGAAGGAUGAUUGCUUGUUAUCAAUGUAAUGAGUGGUAUCACUUUGACUGCAUGAAAUUACCGUGCACAAGCGAGGUCUACAUUUGUCCUGCAUGUAACCCGUCGUGUACAGGAUUGCCAACUAACCAUGACAGAUUAACCAGUGGUAAAUUUGAGGAGCCUAAAACUCCAUCUCCCAGGCAUACAAACCCAAGAAAGAAACAAAAAAGAGAUGUGCAUGCGACCAGGAAUGAAGAUAGUAGGAGCUUUAGGUAUACUAGUGGGUUAGAAUGUCUAAGGUGGCACAAUCGAAAGCCUUUCAGAAGAGCAGUAAGGAAACGUGUUGAGCUUCAAAGUCUUUCUCUUCCCCCUUUCUAUGCGCACAACAAUAACUGUGCACAGUAGAUGAUAAUUGGUCAUUAAAUUGAUUAAAUUGAUUCUUAUGGUGUCAGCUCUGUCGUUUUUAAUCCAUCUUAAUGUAAAAUUUUAUUUCCAUUC